CCUUCCCGAGGAGCGCGAAUACCUUCUACCUACCCCCCUACGCCGUGAACCUGCGUCUCCCGACCAAACCUUCCCAGGCGAAGCUAAGAACGGUGGUAGAACCUGAGGGAAUAUGGCAGAGGUAGGCUUGGGCGGUGGUGGCGCUGGGGGCAUGGGCAGGGGCAUGUUUGCGCUGAGUGUGUGUGUGUGUGUGUGUGUGUGUGUGUCUGGGGCUUGGGACGGGACAACAAUGAGGGGAAAGGAGGUUGGGCCAUGCAGGUCGAGCAGCCACUUGAGUACGAAAGCGGUUAUGCGGACCAUUGGGAGAAGACAUUGGGGCAAGACCAUUGGGAAAGGCCAAGCGCAAAUAGUUGUCACUCGACAGGUUUCGGAUUGUGGUUGCGCGUCGACAACGCCAAGGGCUUGCUUUUGGAAGGCAUCAUGUACGGUGACGGCUGACGAGACGAGACGGGAUGGGCUCGUCGACUUUCCUCGAAUGGGCGGCUUCCUCAAUUCCGAGGACGAGUCUGGAACUCUGUCAUCCGCUGAGUUCUGUCAGUUUCUCCCUUGCUAUCUAAGGUUCUCAAUAGGGGACAUGGGAGAGUAUGAUAUUUGAUAAGCGCAAGGGUUGUCUCGGCUUAUACAACCCCAGGCCAGGAUUCUCUCUCAUUGAACACCGUUCUUGGGUUGGAUCGUGCCCCCUCCUGCAUGUACCCAAUCUCAACAUGGUCUCCCGAAGCACGACCUGC